AGUUUGGAAGAAUUCGCGGGAAAGAUAAGACGUGAUUUUCGUUCCAUUUCUUCCGCGGAUUUUUUUUUUAUCAAAAAAUUUCUGUUAAAUUGGCGUGGAAUUGUGCAAGAGGUGAACAAAGUGAAUUUCCGUGGGUCAGUGACGUAGCAAAUUGUGCAAAAAAAUAAAAAUAUUGAGUGGAUUGAGUGGAUUUCAGUGAAUUUUCCUGGCUGGGAGGAAAAGCAGAAGGAAAGGUAAAAUUGGUGGAAAAAAAAGUGUUUGGUGAAUGUGAAGCACAAGAUGAAGAAAUAAAUCACGCUCCGAAGAGACUUUUGGCGACACCAAACAAGGAGGAAGAAGAUCAAUUAACUAGCCCUAAAAAUACGUCGGUGGAGUGCUUUCAUGUAGAGAGGGCAAAGUUUUCUGAGAGUAGGAAAAUUCUUAGAUUUUCUUUCUUUGGUUUUGACUUUUUCGGGAAGGGGAAAAAAUGACGCGUUGCAGCAGUUCGAGAGAUCUGUUCAAAUUUUGAGAGUCAAAUGAAGAAAUUCCACUUGUCUCGUGCCUCUCGUGCUUCGGAUGAAUUAUUGGAGGAGGAAUCUCAAGUGAUCUAUGGGAAUCACUAGAGCUGAAAAGACACAAAGAGAGUCACUUUAUUGAUCUUACCCAUCGGUGAAUACUUAAAAAGAAAGAAAAAUUCCAUCGAUAUGGCUGAGACGGCUGAAGAGAUGAAGAAUAUCAAUGCAUCAGAGAAGUACACGAAGAAGUAUGAUCCUGAGGAGAUUAGUCCACUUAAGCAGCCCAAACAGGUGACAAAUGCCACCAAUCAAGACAUUUCCGUCAAUGUCAGCGACAGCCCAGAAGCUAAUCCACCCAAGAAGAAGACAAAGUACAAAAUAGCAGAUCACUAUGAAAGUGUCAUAGCGAAAUUGGAACUCAACAGAAGAUCUCAAACUGUGUUCCUCUGCCUCAUUGGCCUCUGUAUCGUCCUCCUGGUUGUCCUCAUUGGGAUGAUCAUCUUCUGGCCGAAGAUCCAUGACUACAUGACAGCUGAAGUGUGCGUGGAGAAGGAAUGCCUCGACGCUAGUUCUCAGAUCCUUAGGUGGUCAAACGUAUCCCUGAGUCCCUGCCAGAACCCUUUUGAAUGGAGUUGUGGCAAAUUUGACAAUGAAUUCCAACAUCACAAUUUCCAUGGAAUGCAACGUGGAGAAUGGAAUUUCAAUUCUCAUCUCGAAUAUGAAGAAAUUUCCGAAAUUCAUUCUUUCAUCUCAAAAUUACCUAAAGAUACGGUUUCCUACUCGGCUCAGGUUAAAAUGAAGGUUUUGCACAAGAACUGCAUGAAUCUUGAAUCCAGUGAUGAUAUCGAAGGGAUAACAACGAUGACCAAGGCGAUAGCGAGUUUAGAUGGUUUUUGGAUAUUGGGAGACAGUCUACUCGUCUGGGAUUUUCGCAAGCAAUUCGUCAAGUUGCAAUCCGAAUAUGGAGUGUCUCCAUUUGUUCGGAUUCGCGUUGAAAAUCGCAAAUCACCGCCUCAUGAUGGAAUAAUUGUGAUCGAUGAAGGUGAAGUGAGUCUGCCCAGUAAGAUGUUUUAUCGUCUGGGACCACGAAAUGAAAUCGUAGAGGGCUUCAAAAUACUCCUGAGGGAUGUUGCCAUCCUCAUGGGGGUUGUACAUGAUCGUGCCAAGCAGUUUGCUGAAGAUAUCUUCAAUUACGAAAAACGGAUCGUCAAUACGAUCAAUGUGACUCAGCAGAAUGAUGAUCGAGAGAUUAACAAAGAGAUUUCAUUGGGAAGCGUUAUGAAGAUCGCCCCUUCUCUGCCUUUGCUUGACAUCAUUACAACGCUCUACCCUAACUCUAGAGUUACUGAAAACACCGUAGUUCUUGUUAAGGAUCUCGAAGUCUUACGUUCAAUGUCCAUUGUCGUAUCCACAACGGAUAUUCAGGUCCUCAAUAUGUAUCUAAUAUGGUCCCUGAUAAGACGGUUUCUACCCUUCAUAUCCCGAGACUAUCGGAUAGCCCUUGAGGAGUUUGAAAGGAAGCUAUACGGCUUCCGGGAACCUCCGCCAAAAUGGUUCUUCUGCACAAAACUCGUAAGAGACUGGAUGUCUUUCGGGGUUGACGUGCUUAGAGAAAACCCCCAAUUAAUUGUUCUUCAUCAGAAGGACACAACUCAUGAAUCUAAAGUGUUCUUCAGUGAAAAGUUUACAGAUGACCAAGUGAACAACAGCGACGAAUUAGUCAAAUUGAUCUUCUUCCACAUUCGUAAUGAGCUUAAGGGCUCAGUGAAUGACGAUGGAAGAAUAAGUGAUAGUUUAAGGACCUACAUCAGUGAUCGAUUGUCUGCAGUUUCCCUCCAGAUUGGCAUUCCUGACGAUGCAGCUCGAACGGAUGAAUUUGUAAACUCCUACUAUGAAGACUUUACCCCACAACGGUUGUACUUCUUGAAUAAUUUGCGGUACCGAUGGAAGUUUAUCAAAGCCAGAACUGAACUGAGGCUGACAAAUCAAACGAAAACGGAAAAGUUGAUCAACGCUCUCUACCCAAUUAGUGACGAUGAGGAGAGGAAAUUUGUCCGGUUUCAUCCUGAAUUAAAUACAGUUGUAGUGUCUAGAAGGGCUCUACGUACGCCCUACUUCCAUCAAAACUAUCCCCUAUCGGUGAACUUUGCCCGCAUCGGGAAAGAUUUCAUUGAGAUCAUUGUGGAAGCCAUAAAAUUCCACCAAGAAUCUCAUACUAGGUUAAAGAAUGGCAAUAGAACUACGGUGUCAACUGAGAAUAGGUCGAUCCAGGAAUCUUUCAAGUGCCUAACGAAAAAUUCUCCGUAUGAUACAACAUCCGUUCCGAUUGAGGCUAAGAUGAAGCUCUUCGUUGAAGUGGAAAGCAACAGGAUUCUGCUUCGUGCCUUUAAGUCAUUCCUCAAGAGUAUUGAUCACAAUGUUCCAAUCUAUGAUAGUACAGUUCCAGAUACCGUCACAUACGACUCAUUUGGUCUCAGACGGAGACUCCGUCAACCCGGUUUGAGGGUUUUUAGCGAAGUUGAACUUCUUGUUCUGGCCCAAUUGCAGAGGUAUUGCGUCCUGAAUGACGCCAACAGUUACGACCGGAUAAAGGUCUUUAUGGAAAUGGAGUUUCCUAGGAGAGAAAUCUUCCAGAUUCUUUGGCAUCACGUGCCUGAACUGAGCAAUGCAUUAUCCUGUGACAAUGUUGAUAUUCGUGAAUGUCGUGACGUCCUGUAAAAGUUCACUUAAAGAAUUUAUGUCGAUGUAAGUAAAGCUAUUUUAAGAAUUUUAUGGCAAUAUUAACUAAUUGAGGACAAUAAAAUUGCAAAGGCGUUUUUUU